AACAAUAUUUAAUAUACCUUUUCCUUUUUCAGAUGCAGCUUGUAAUUUCAAUUAUUUUGCUUGUUUCAUUACUUUGUUCAGCAUUUGCACAAGAUGAAAGCCAAGCACGUUUAUUGGUACGCAAGCAAUUCUUGAACAAAUAUUUAGUAGAAGGCAGGGAUUUGGUGUCGUUAUACAACAUUUACAACGUUGGAGAAAGUGCGGCCAUUAAUGUUCAACUAAAAGACGCUAGCUUCACCGAAGCAGAUUUUGAAUUUGUUAUUGGAUUUCCUAGCAUGAAGCUUGAUAGGCUUGGACCAGGGGCAAAUAUAUCUCAUACUGUUAUACUCAGACCAAAACGAACUGGUCUUUUUAAUUUUACUGCUGCUGAAGUUACUUAUCAACCUUCUGAAGACAGUAAAGAAAUUCAGGUUUCCUACUCAACAGAACUUGGUGAGUUAAGAAUCAGCGGAGCCAGAGAAUUUGAUAGAAAAUUUUCUCCUCACAUGAUGGACUGGACUGCUUUUGCUGUGAUGACAUUGCCUUCUCUUGGAAUUCCAUUUCUAUUAUGGUACAGAAGUAAAUCUAAAUAUGAAAGUAUUGUUAAACAAAAGAAACAUUAAUAAAAAAUAUUUAGUUUUGUA